AUGGCUGCCAGCGGCGCGCCCGAACGGCGGCCGCGACGCGGGCCCGCGCCUAUCGCCUCCUUUGACCACGACGUUUCGGAAGAGUCCAGUCCUGAGACUAAGCAGACCUUUCGGCUUCCGGAAAUUCGAGAGGACUCAGCGGGCACGUCAUCAAAAGCCGAAGCCCAGACGAGCUGCAACUCUCUCGCACCGCCUGAGCAGCGCGCUCGCUCGCAUUCCUCGCCGGCAGUGCAUGGCGGCACGACUGGCGGCGCGGUGGGUGGCCUGCAGACUCCUUCGGCGCCGCGUAUCGACAUCUCGCGCGCCUCCAGCUCCAGCCACCAAGAUUCGCGCGACAGCUCUCCUGAGCUCGCGCUUUUUACCGGUGGCACGGAAGGGGGCAGCGCACGUCUAGAGUUGGGCUUUCGUGAAGAUGGAGCACUGGAACUUCGCUCAUCUACAGAGGAACUGGCCUUCCUGGAGGGUGCUCCGGGUGAAAGCCGACCCGCGCCCCCGCCCUCCGUGUCCCGCCGCCACUCGCGCAAGGAUAGCCAAAGCUCAGAGGCGGCACUAUUGGCCGUGUCGGGCCGAACGAGCCGCCUCUCCAGCGUCGGCUCGCAGUGCUCCGCGCACUCGGCGCUGUCAGCUUUCAGCCACACCAGUCGCGUAUCUCAUCUUUCCGUGGUAUCGGGCACGUCGCGGUCUCCGUCGCCUCACAAAAUGUUACUGGAGACCUCUUUCUGUGGACCGAAACCGAUCGAAACCGAUCCAGAAAUUUGUGCCGCCGCCGUGGAGGAGCGACUUCUCGAAAUCGCAAAGUUAACCUCCGAUCCCAUUCCGACACUUCUCUCAUCGCGGUCUUCGGCGCCGGAGUCUGUUUCGGUAGUCGCUGAGAUUUCCGCUCCUUCCACUACUCCGCUUACAUCGACACCCACGUCCACCACGCCCGCAACAGGGACUCAAGAGGCCGUUCCAGAACCUUUAGAUGCCCGAGAUCAUCGUGAAGUACGUACGGAAGUAACCGUGGAGAGCACGCGUCCCCCCAACACACCGCGAUUAACUUCGCCGGCCGCGCCACUCGCGAUACCACUUGUGGCCCCGGCAAGGCGUGCUACUUGUUCCAACAUCUUAGAUGAAGAUAAACGACAGAAAGAAACGCUAAAUAGAGCCCGCGUGGAAGAGAGACGUGCUCGGUCGAGGGAACGCAGUGAACAAUCACAGUCCGAAAAGUGUAAAAGCAACAAUCGUUCCAAGGAUAUAAUCCGAAUUAAAUUGAAGCCCGACCACGAGUACGACGACGAGGAUGACGACGAUGAGAGCGAAAGAACGCUUGUGGGGGGCGAACAGGCGCGCAAGCCCGCUACCCUCGAGCUACGGCAGCGCUCGGCGGCGGGCAGUCCGGCGCCGACACGGCCGCGCGACUGCCGCACGCCCUCACCACUGGGAGCUCCCGUCUCGCGCAAAUCUUCCUUUUGUUCCUUAUUUAAAUCUCGUGAAACAAUCGCCUCGCCAGAAUCGCCAUGUGACGUGCUACGUAGGAAAAAAAGUUUAAACGAGGGCCGGUCCCGUAGCAAAAGCCGCGACAGAUCUACCACGCCCACGUCGGCCUCGAAAAUUAAAGGUUCCGUGCUGUCCUUGUUUAAAACUCCGAAAAAGAGUGGCACGUCGCCUUCACCGACCUCGAGAGACGGCUCGCCCGGAGUGCAGCCGCAGCGAUCGUUCCCGCAUCAACACGUGGAUAAAUCGAUCCGAGGUGAAAAGCUCAAAUAUUACGAGGACUCCAAGGAUGGUAUUAUUCAUAUUCCAUUGCGUACACCGUCGGAUGAGAUAUGCAGUCCCAGCGCGGCGGCGACUUCGGGCCCGGUGGGCGAAGAGCGGCAGAACGCAGCCGCGGCGAGCUGUCAGCCGCGGGGAGCAGUGCGCCCCUCUUCCGCCCCGCAGCCGCGCCCACCACCCGAACGGCCACAAUCCACGGCUUCGACGAGCACCGUCAGGAAACCUACCAAGCGUACCGUUCUGCCCGACGGGAGUAUUAUUAUACCGUUACAUUCACCGACUGAAAAGACUGCAGAGGACGUACAGACGCCGAAUAUCACGACGUCUCCCGGCACAAAUGAACCGUCACCGGAGCGAGCCAGUCCGCCCGGUGCCGCACUCAGUGGUGAUAGAUGCGAUUCCGCCGCACUACACGACGACACCGCACCGAGACCGGAGCGAGCGUCCGGUCCCGUUCCCUCCGAAGCUGCACGCGUUCUUGACGAUGAAUACAGGAAACGAAGGGAACGCAUAAUUUUUACAACACACGUCGGAAGCAGAGAACAAGUAUUCUGCACCCAAUUCAGUAUUACUAAAACGCCCAGUGUAACGAGUGAAAUAUCGGAGUCGAUCAAGAGCUUCGUCGAUAGCGAGGAAACACGUAUUGGCUUGCGCGACACCCACAUCGCAGCCGAGUCGCCGGUCGAGUACCCGUCGCCCCACGAUGAAGGGACCACGCCGCCCUGCGACGGCGGAGUCACGCCGGAACGCGACUCCUCCGGGUCGGAGGCCGACGAGGCGGAGCACGUGGUGCGCAGCGCCAGCGAGGUGGAGCGCCGCGGGCUCGUCGUGCAAGAGUCCUUCGAGGAAGAGUUGCCGUUUGUGCCGACUACGUUGCCUUCGGAGCGGUCCCUCGCGCUGCCCAUGGUGCCGGUACGCGAGCGCAGUGGCGUGCGCGUGGCGGGCGUGCAGCGUCCGCGAGCGCCCCGCCCCGCCGCCGCCCCGCCCGCCCCGCCUCCGCCCCGUGCACCGCCCGCCGAGCCCCCCUCGCCCCCGGCGCCCCCCGGGGGACCGCCCGACAAGCUGCGCAUCAGACUGCCGCGUCGCACGCGCACUGCCUCAGCGUCCGCGCCACCACGCCCCGAGCGCCCCCGCACCAGUAGUGGAGGAGAUGAAAUCUUAGUCGCGAGCGAGAUGCGGAAGAAGGCGGAUUGGAUAGACUUCGAGGAUGUGCCGGAGCGUCGGAAGCAGCCGAAGAGAAUACAGACGUUGCCCGCACCGCAGCGGACGGGCGCAGCAAGUGCGGGGCCGCAGUACGCCGCGCCGGAGCAGUGCCGCUGCGAGUGCCACGCGCGUCGAGAUGACGAGCUGCCGUUGUUGGCCGCAGAAGACCCGCCCGACGACCCGAGGUGCCAGACUUAAUUGUAACGGCAUGCA